UAUUUUCUGGCGCUACUCCUUUUAGCAAUGUUGAUUGUGAAAAUGAAGAAGAAAGUAAAAUCCUUGCAAUUGAUAUCUGUAACGGGAAGCGACCAGAAAUUCAAGAUCUGCCCCCUUUAAUAGCUGAAUUGAUAAAACCAUGUUGGGAUGCAGAUCCAGCAAAACGACCAUCUGCAAAGGACUUGUGUAAAAUUUUAAAUAAAUAUUCUGAAAUCCUCUACUUUUACCUUGCUAAUUCGAAAAACUUCGUAUAA